AUGCCCUUUGCAACAGCAACUGCUACUGACACAUUCCCUUUGUUGACCAGUAGUAUGCCUCCAGAAAAGCACACUACUACCUGCAAAUUGUGUGGGAAAAUGUUCAAGCUGACUGGAAUAGGACCUCAUUGCAAAUUGUGCAUCAGGCAGGCUCGCAAAAUGAAUGAAGAUCAUGCUCACUUUGACUUGCUUCAUCAAGAAGGCAUUCUUACUGGUGGAUCAGUGACAGGGCCCACUGUUGAGACGCAUGCAGAGCCAGCACCGGAGCCUGCUACAUUCUGGCCCAUGGUUAUGGAUCUCAAGCCACCUGCUGGUGCUGAUGUGGGUGUGAAUGAUGAACUGAAUGAAUUUAUCCACAAUGCUGCUCUCAACAAGGAGCAAGUGAAUUGUAUCCUCAAGCUUUUGAAAUGUUCUCACACUGAGGACUGGACUCUGAAUAAUUACAAUGAUCUUGAGAGCACUCAGUGGGCUGCUUUGCACUGCAUGACAGCAUUUCAGAUGAUGAUAAUAAGUGCACCAUUUGGAGGUGAGAUGAUGGAAUUUAAGAUGUAUUAUCGUUUGUUGUGGGAUUGGGCCUGCGAUCUCUUGAAGGAUUCAGGUGUGGGCCCAUAUUUUGUAUUUGAUGCUCAGUGCCUAUCCAAGUUUGAUGGUGCUUCAUUUGUUCGUUUCAUCGAUGAGCCAUGGAUGGCUAACAAAUUUUGGGAUGUACAAAUUGUGAAUCUACCCACUUGGAUCUGUAAUGGUGAAGGUUUAGGUGGUGGCCAUGUAUUUGGGUGGUUACCAAUUGUGAAGGAAGACAAGAAGUACUCUGGAAAGAAAUUGUUUGCCAACUUCAAGAAUUGUGUUUGGCAUGAAUUGUUCAAGAAGAUACUGGAUACAAUAUUGGAGUACUCAAAAACUGGCUAUUGGGUAAGGUGUUGGGAUGGCGUUGCACACUGA